ACAGUAUAAAGAAUACUGUUUUUCUCUGCGUGGUAUUACAGUGAGCCCGUAUAUACGAAAUAUGCAUUUGCCAUUUAUUACUUAGCUAAUAAAAAAUACAUAGUAUAAAAUCGGUGACUCAUUGUUAUAUUUAUCCUGAUACCAGAUUCGAAUUUACGCAACCCUAACAAUAUCGUUUGGUGACUGUAACUGUGCUGCUGGUAACAAUUUAACGUUUUUUGCCGACGUUUACUGACAAUGGUCAUAUUCAACUUGUUGCACGUUUGUAAAUGCAUCCGUUAUUCAGCGUUCUUGCACACAGACGACAGUGCUCUGAAAUCGUACAUAGCCAAAGUUAAUUUACGAACGCACCCUUAACCUGUAUAUAUUGAACCUAGCAAGGAACCCGGAAGAGGGCACAUGGAUGCUCCUGUCACUUUAAACCGGUGCGGAAGUGUGUUACAGUAUGGAUUUGAUGCAAUGAUAUAAGGUCAGGAAACUUCGCAAUAAAUCGUUAUUGAAGACACCAAAUGAUUCAACUGCAAGAUCAAAACGAAAUAGUACUCGUGCUUAAAUUGAAUGUCAUAUUUCUUCGGGGAGAUUGUUCUCGUACAUUUUUCGCUAAACGUCGUGGCUAGUCUGCAAGAAAGUGGUAGCAUACAGUAGCUAGCCAGUUAUUUUUGGACACUGACUGAUCGAGGAACAAGAGAUACCGGUAGCUGACAGUACGCACACGUUUUCCCAAUGGCUGUGUCAAAAUGCACCCGGCUGAACGGUCCCUUAAUAAAGCAAAUGUUAGAUUCUGUGGACAGUGUCCUCUUCGACUGUGAUGGUGUCAUCUGGCGAGGGGAUCAGGCAAUCCCUGGCGCCCCUGACGUUAUCAACCUGCUCAAGAAGAAUGGAAAGAAAGUUUUUUUCGUCACCAACAACAGCACUAAAACUAGAAAGAUGUAUGCAGACAAAAUGGCAUUGAUGGGAUUCAACGCAACUGAAGAUGAAGUGUUUGGAACGGCGUACUGCUCUGCAAUGUACCUAAAACAUGUCUCCAGACUACAGGGCAAAGUGUAUCUCAUAGGAAGCAAUGCAAUGAGGCAGGAACUAGAAAAGGUUGGGAUCCAGCAGACAGGUGUGGGGCCUGAUCCGAUAUCAGGUGUCCAGAUCGAUUGGGCAAACGUGCCCCUGGACCCUGAGGUGAAGGCUGUGGUUGUUGGGUUUGAUGAGCACUUCAGUUACAUGAAACUGAACAGAGCCCUGCAAUACCUCAACAACCCUGACUGUCUACUGGUGGGAACCAACACUGACACUAGACUGCCCCUGGAAGGAGGCAAAGCUGUCCCAGGGACGGGCUGCAUCCUGAAGGCUGUGGAGACCGCAGCCCAGCGCCAGGCCCAGACGGUGGGAAAGCCCAACCACUUCAUGUACGACUGUGUGGCCAGCCAGUUCGGCCUGGACCGCACCCGCUGCCUCAUGGUGGGGGACCGGUUGGACACGGACAUCCUGCUGGGGUCCAACUGUGGCCUGAAGACCCUGCUGACCCUGACCGGGGUGUCCACUGUGGCCGACGCUGAGGCCCAUCAGGAGAGUGGCUGUCCAAAACGCCUUGGGAUGGUGCCUGACUACUACGUAGAGAGUAUUGCAGAACUCCUGCCUGCUCUACAAGGAUAACCAGUCAGGGUGUGGAAAAGAAAAUAGGUUUUUAUCUCAAUGAGACUUUAGCCUUGAUAGAUGAUAAUUAGAUUAAUAUUGACUAAUUAUAAAGGACCGUUAAGGACUGUGUGCGUCUGAAAACCCAGGCUUGUUUCCGGAUUACGGAUGUGAAAAUUCAGGAAGGUACAGAGAGUUAAUCAACUGCUUCGAUUAUACUAAGACUGCAACAAAACAAACCUAUAUUAAAGUUAUUUUAACUACAGUAUGCUAUGGCUGAAUAUGUAUAUUCAAGAUAUACAGCCGGUGUAGCCGACUCCUCAUGGAGAGCUACUGGGUGUGCAAGCCUUUGUUCCAGCCCUGCUGUAAUGCACCACAUAGAUUCAGCAGCAAAAAAGGAAAUGAAUAGUAGGGCUGGAACAAAAGCCUGCCCAGCACACCUAGUAGCUCUCCAGGAUGAGGGUUAGCCACUCCUGAUUUCCAGUGUUGAUAAAUGGAUUUCAAUUUUUUUUUUCAAAAGAGUUGUUCAGGAAAUGGUAGUGAAGUAUGUGCUGUGUGUUUGGGUGAAAAGGAAGAAGGGCUAUGCAAGGGCCUGUGUUCUUUGCUCAAUAUCCCUCUGUAGCAAUGAUCUCAAACACAGUCGGAGGAAAUGUGUACACACUCCUUUUGGGUAUUUCCCUCAUCUGUGUGCAUACAUUUAAAAUCACGUCUCACUCAAUAUUUAUCUAAAGCAGAGAGCUAUGCAGAAAUACAGUAAACUGGAGUGCACUGACAAUUCAUCAGGAAUUAUAUAUCUUAUGUUGUCCACUCUCAUUCACUGUACCAAUGCUGUGUUUAUUGCCAUUUACAUUACCCAUUCACGUGAGGAAGUAUACAUAAACUGAGUUAUACUCUUAUUGUAUCCUGAUGUAUUGUAAAUGUAAAAAUAGAACUACCUUUUGUUCCCAUUCAAUUAGAAGGUUAGGGGUUUGCGCAAUAAUCAAUGAUCUUGUUAAGUGUGUUUUAAUGUAACAUAAUGUCAGUCUUCUUAGUAACUAAGUGUCUAUAAUACGUUAGAUUGUCUGUACUGCCAAUACAAUAAUCAAACUACUGCAUCAUCCUCUGUCCUUGACAACAGUAUUCACCUUGACUCAAGUCAAUCAAACACUGAUAAAAAAUAAAUAUACCUUUUCCAAAACUAAAGGCUUCCCUGUGGAUUGUGUCAACUUCAACACAGUGGGCUGUGCUGGACCCGGGUGUUAUUAACACAGAAGCUCUUAAAGUCACCUUGGCCUUUCAUCGACUGGACGGUCCUUCAGUCCAUUCCUCAUAUCACCCUGCCAUGGCCGAUGACCGAGCCUGUCCACAGAGGACGAGGGUCCAACAGUGUCCUGCCAGUUCCCACACAAGGCAUUCUGGGUGACCCUCAGUGCCACUCUCCUCCUGGUCAUCAUCGCCCUCAGCGUCAGGGGGCAUCUAUGGGUCAGACAGCCCGACGCACAGGUUGUCAGAAUCACAGUUCCGGAUCUGACUGGAACCCUGAUCAAACAAUCAGCAUUGGUGGACAAGCACAACGACCUGGUGACCUAUACUGUGACCUCACCGGCCAACCACACAUCCACCGUGCUCUUUGACAUCAAACAUGGUUUGAUAUGUUACAAACCUAUGAACCAGGAGAAUUGCUACCUGAGUAAGAUGGAGAAAUCUGACUAUGAAAACAUGCAGUUCCUUCUCCAGCAGUCAAUACAAACGGAGGUGUUGUUGGGGAAUGAGACCCAGAGACAGACAGAGUUCCUGGGGGUGAUGGGGGGCAGUCAGGUUGAUGUGUCCACCCUGGAGGAGCCUCUACAGGCCCUGUGUCGACACAGCUCCAUCCACUGGACCAGGAGACAAGAGGGUCCAGGUAAACAGCGUCUGGUCUACUUCUGUAUUGACAUCUGCUUCCCUAGUAACAUCUGUGUGUCUGUCUGCUUCUACUACCUGCCGGAGUGACCUGCCAUCAUCCACUCUCAGGCAGCACAUACCAACCGCUGAUCAGGGAAACAAAGUGAUCCUUCUCAUCCCUGCUAAGUCGCCGGCUGCAAAAAAAAACCUAUUUGAAUACAACCGGGGAACAGCAGCCAGCUUUGACUCAAUACUGCAGCUACCUUAGUCCCUUCUAAGCUUUCGCCCCAGUCCUUUCCAUUCCGAGGGACGGAAACAAGCUGUCAAGUUUAUCUGCAGACUCCCCUCGUCACCCUCCCUUCAUGUUUAAUACCUUCCCUUGUGGCAGUUUUGGAGAGUAUAAGAGUCCGUUUUUUUUGUGCUUGUUAUUUCCUGUACUGCAACCCACAGCAGAUGAGUCAUUGUGUGUGUAACCAUUCCUGUUUAUUGGAUUGUGUUAAAAUUACUUGAUCCCUCCAAUAAAGAACAGUUGUAAAAUA